UUUUUUUUUUUUUUAAUCCAUCUUUUAAAGUCUUCAUCCACUGGUCCAUUAUAUUCAAAGUAAAGGUAAGAAGAAGAAAUUAGGUGAGAGAGGAGGAUCCAGGAAGGCAACGAGAAGGGGGCUUGGCUUCUGACUGAUCCUGACCAAAAGGGAGUUGACUUUUCUCUGUGGACUUUUUGUUCAGUGCUGCAGCGUUUAUCUACGGCAGCUCUCGGGGGGGACACUUAACUGUGCACUAACUCUGUCCUCAGCCGGUCCUUCAGCAUGCCGAACAUACAGGAAGAGUGCAGUGAACAUGAGGAUGUCCUUGGAGGAGGUGAUGGUGGCUUAAAAGUGAGGAGUGGAGUGCUUUCAGAGAUGACAAAUGGAGUAGAGGAAAAUGUACAUAAGGAGUCACUGAUGAUGGAGCUGACCAGGCUGGUGCAGAAGGUGAUGAAAGAGAGUAGCUGGUGGGAGAGGAGGGGAGUGGACUGCAGCAUCCUGACUGCAGCGUUCCUCUGCCUUCCGCCUGCUCACGCUGUCAUCACCGUCAAAGGGACACAUCUGGCCAGCCAUGGGGCCCUCAGUGAGUCGCAGACCUGGGGAAAGUUCUGGUCCAUCUUCUUCAUUGAGAUCUGUGGUUCAUUCUCAGCCCAAGCCGGCAUACAUGGCCAUAUUAAGAUGCAUCAUGCACACACUAACGUCAUUGGACUGGGGGACUCCAGUGUCUGGAAAGUCCCCUUCCUACCUCGUAUGGUCUACCUGUUCAUAGCCCCCCUAUCUGUGCCCCUCAUCACUCCUCUUGUUGCCCUCGCACAUCUUAAAGGACAUUCUUCAUUCGCGGUGGCUCGGACGCUCCUGAUGAUAGCACUAGGUCUGUAUUCGCAGUACUGGCUGCUCAUCAAUGUAUCCGGCUUCAGGUCGACGCAGGGAGCCUUGUUCUGCAUGUUGGUGAGCAGAGCCAUGUUCUCUGUGCCGUACAUCCAUGUCAACAUUUUCCAGCACAUUGGUCUGCCCAUGUUCUCCCCAACAAGCCGGCCGAAGAGGAUUUACCAGAUGACCCACGGAGUGCUGAACCUUCCCCGUAACCCUCUGCUGGACUGGAUGUUUGGACACUCUCUGAUCAGCUGCCAUGUAGAGCACCACCUCUUCCCCUUUCUGUCUGACAACAUGUGUCUAAAGGUGAAGCCAGUUGUAUCCAAGUACCUGACUGAGAGGAAACUUCCAUAUCAGGAGGCCUCCUACCUGUCCCGUCUGCACCUGUUCUUUAACAAAUACCAGGAGUUAAUGGUAUUUGCUCCACCCAUCACAGAGCUGGUGGGAGUCCAAUGAUGGAGCGAAGGGGCUGGAGCUAGUUGGACUGAGACUUUUCAGCUUACAUCAUGCCGAUUAAAAAACAGCCUUUAAAACACAAGGCAUUAGAUACAUUUGCACUGUAGAGUUUAAAUUAUGAGAGAUGGUUUUUAAAAUGUUAAUCUUUAGGCUUACAUGUUAGCAGAUGAUUGAAGCACUAACACAUAGAUUUAACCAAAAAACAUGUUCUCCAAUCAGGAACCGCAAAGAUUUUUCUACUGAUUUGUUUUCUGUCUCAUGAAGGGUCUCUUCUUCAUCAUCAUCACCAUCAUCAUCUUCCCCUUUUACCUCCAAAAUACAGCAUACGCUACCUCAACUCAAGUUGGAAAAUCAUGCAUCUGCAACAAAUUUACUAAAGGCGAUGAUUUUCCUGUACAUUUAUCAGGCGAAAUUGGAAAAGUGUGUGAUGAAGAGUGAGCAUGGAACUAAAUGUUCUGUAAGCUAAAAGCACAAAACUUUUCCAGACUGCAGAUAUCAAUUUUAUUGCGUUAAAGACACACAAAAAUUGUCGGCAAGACAAAAAUGCCUUAUUCUAUAUGCUUUUUUUGCCUUUUUAAAUGGAAUAAAGC